AUGCUGUUGAUGGAGCCUCCCUUUGUACCUAAAGUGGAAGCCAUUUCACCCACUCCAUGUGAUGAAGAGUUGCCUUCUAAGCUGUCAAAGGAAGAGUUGUUACAGUCAAUGGAGAAAGUAGAUAGAGAGAUCGCUAAGGUUGAAUCUCAAAUCAAUAACCUCAAGAAGAAACAGCAUGAGUUAGAAGAAAAUGCAACUAGACCAGCAGAUCCUGAGAAGUCUCCAUCUCCUGAACCUAUACCUCAUGAGACUAAACAUCAGAGUGUAGUUCAGAUUAUUUAUGCUGAGAAUAGGAGGAAAGCAGAAGAAGCCCAUAAUAUGCUUGCUCACCUUGGGCCUAAGAUUGAGUUUCCAAUGUACAACCAGCCGUCAGAUAGUGCACAGUAUCAAGAGAAUAUCAGAACAAACUUGGAAAUGAGGAAAAAACUUAUUCUGUUUUUUAAAAGAAGAAAUCAUGCCAGAAAAUUACGGGAGCGUUUUCUAUGUGAACGAUAUGAUCAGUUAUAUGAAGCAUGGGAAAAAAGAAUGGAAAGAAUUGAAAACACUGCUAAAAGAAGAGCAAAAGAUGCUAAGAUUCGUGAGUUUUAUGAGAAACAGUUUCCUGAGAUUCGUAAACAAAGAGAGCAACAAGAAAGAUUUACCAGUCGAGCUGGUGGGAGAAGUAACUGGGGUAACAUUGCCAGAAGUGAUGCAGAGCUAGCUGAGAUAGUAGAUGGACUGAGUGAACAAGAAGCCAAUGAGAGACAUGUGAGAAGUCUAGCUGUGAUUCCUCCUAUGCUUUAUGAUGCUCAACAAAAACGCAUUAAAUUUAUUAACAACAAUG